AUGUCUGAUAAGCCGCCUCCACAUGAGAUAAGGCAUGCAUUGCCCUCGACACAGCAGACGCCCGUCCACGCGUCCCACUCGCGUCCCAUCCUCUUCGCUCUCCUCAAGCCCCGGCGCACUCGGCUCACAUCGUCCCCGUCGACCACCCCAGCCCGACGUACUACGCCCUGUCCGACGACGCUCGGCGCAACGCUGUCCGAUUCGAACCUCUCCCACACGAUCAACUCGCGGACGCCAAGAUCACGACACCGACCGAUUCAAACGGGCACGCUCCAAUAUCAAUCGCUCGACUCCAGCUUUGAGAGCACCCGAGACCGCUUCGAGGACGCAAGAUACUUGCCUCGGUUGUCCACCAUCAAGGAACGCAAUUUCCCGCGGCGGCCCCCGCCGAUGGACCUCAUCCGAUCGAUAUCAGCCAGCCUCUCCUGCGCGUCGUCAUCCUCCACAGAUGCCCAGACGCCUAGCUUUCUGGGCUGGCUGAGGCUCCGGCACCCCGGGGGAUACACAGAGACCUUGGCGCGCCUCGCUCUCUGUCUGCUUGGGUACAGGCCGAUCGAGCAACUCCCCUAA